CCCUGCGGGGGCGGCGGCCAUCUUGGCCGGGUGGCAGCGGCGGGAGCACGUUGCGUGCCGGCCCGCGGGACAGGGGAGGCGGUUCCCCGCUGUGGCCCGGCCCGGGGUGCGGGGGCGCCUCGCUCUCUCCCCCGUUUCCCGAUCUGGAAGAUUCCCACUACUCCUCAGAAUUGGUGUUUAACCUGAAAUUGUGCAUUAUGGCAGACAAAUUAACAAGAAUUGCUAUUGUCAACCAUGACAAGUGUAAGCCAAAGAAAUGCCGUCAGGAAUGCAAGAAGAGUUGUCCUGUGGUUCGAAUGGGCAAACUCUGCAUAGAAGUCACAUCACAGAGCAAAAUAGCGUGGAUCUCAGAAACACUUUGUAUUGGUUGUGGUAUAUGCAUCAAGAAAUGUCCUUUUGGAGCCUUGUCAAUUGUUAACUUACCUAGCAACCUGGAGAAAGAAACAACACACAGAUAUUGUGCCAAUGCCUUCAAACUUCACAGGUUGCCUAUCCCUCGUCCAGGUGAAGUACUGGGAUUGGUUGGAACCAAUGGUAUUGGAAAAUCAACUGCCUUGAAAAUUUUAGCAGGAAAACAGAAGCCAAAUCUUGGAAAAUACGAUGAUCCACCUGACUGGCAAGAAAUUUUGACUUAUUUCCGAGGAUCUGAAUUACAAAAUUAUUUUACCAAGAUCCUGGAAGAUGACCUGAAAGCUAUCAUUAAACCUCAGUACGUGGACCAGAUCCCUAAAGCUGCAAAGGGAACAGUGGGAUCAAUUCUGGAUAGGAAGGAUGAAACUAAGACACAAACUGUUGUAUGUCAGCAACUUGACUUAACCCAUCUGAAAGAAAGAAAUGUUGAGGACCUUUCAGGAGGAGAACUUCAGAGAUUUGCUUGUGCGGUUGUUUGCAUUCAGAAGGCUGAUAUCUUCAUGUUUGAUGAACCUUCUAGCUACCUGGAUGUCAAGCAGCGCUUGAAGGCUGCCAUUACUAUUCGAUCCCUAAUAAACCCUGACAGGUACAUUAUUGUUGUAGAGCAUGAUCUAAGUGUGUUAGAUUAUCUCUCUGACUUUAUCUGCUGCCUGUAUGGUGUGCCAAGUGCUUACGGUGUCGUUACUAUGCCUUUCAGCGUAAGAGAAGGCAUAAACAUUUUCUUAGAUGGCUAUGUUCCAACAGAGAAUCUAAGGUUUCGAGAUGCAUCUCUGGUAUUUAAAGUGGCUGAGACAGCUAAUGAAGAAGAAGUUAAAAAGAUGUGUAUGUACAAAUAUCCAGGAAUGAAAAAAAAGAUGGGAGAAUUUGAACUAUCCAUAGUAGCUGGAGAAUUCACGGAUUCUGAAAUUAUGGUGAUGCUGGGGGAAAACGGAACUGGCAAAACUACGUUUAUCCGGAUGCUUGCAGGAAGACUUACACCUGAUGAAGGAGGUGAGGUCCCAGUUUUAAAUGUCAGCUACAAACCACAGAAGAUCAGUCCUAAAUCUACAGGAAGUGUCCGGCAGCUGCUGCAUGAGAAGAUUAGAGAUGCCUAUACCCACCCCCAGUUUGUAACUGAUGUAAUGAAACCCCUUCAAAUAGAAAACAUCAUUGACCAGGAGGUUCAGACAUUGUCUGGUGGUGAGUUGCAGCGCGUUGCAUUAGCUCUGUGUCUUGGUAAACCUGCAGAUGUCUACCUAAUUGACGAACCUUCGGCGUAUUUGGACUCUGAACAACGUCUAAUGGCUGCUAGAGUCAUUAAACGUUUCAUUCUCCAUGCUAAAAAAACAGCUUUUGUGGUAGAACAUGAUUUUAUCAUGGCUACAUAUCUUGCUGAUCGUGUGAUUGUUUUUGAUGGCAUUCCUUCCAAGAAUACACUUGCAAACAGUCCACAGACUCUUUUGGCUGGAAUGAAUAAGUUUUUAUCUCAACUCGAAAUCACUUUUAGAAGAGACCCCAACAAUUACAGACCAAGAAUAAACAAACUCAAUUCCAUCAAGGAUGUGGAACAAAAGAAGAGUGGAAACUACUUUUUCCUGGAUGACUAAAUACUGAAUCGGAGCAUCUUCGUAACUGGCAUGUAGAAAUGCAUAUUGGAACCUAAACAUGUGUCGAUGAGAAGGCUCAAUCAGGUUUUAGAACGCUUAAUCAUUUGGAGCUUAAAAUCUCUUGCUGCGUGUAACAUCUGAGACCAGUAGCAGUGUAAAUCCUAGUCCAAGUAAAACUGCCACUUUCUAUAUUUUGGUGACACAGCCCUAUUUUCAGUGUAAUAAUUUCGAAAUAGACCACCUUGAAAUUGUACAAAUGAGUCUCCUGAUUUUUCAAAAUUUAAGGGAGGUUUUCACUUCAAUAUAUCCUACUCAUGUACCAAGUACUGACUGAACUUCCUCAUUUUAAAAAUCUUUGAAGCUGUUUGGCAUUUAAGAGGGAAGCCUACCAAGAAUGUCAAGCUACAGAAGCAACUCCUGUUUUAAAAAGGUUGAAUCUCUCUGGAUGAGGGUGUCAUAAAUAAAUAUCCUCCUAACUUA